CGCGCAUUGGGGGGAGGGGCCGCCAUUUUGUCCCGGCGAGGCCCUAGAGGAGGAGUCUGCAGGAGAAGGGAAGAGACACAGGGAGGAGGAGAGCCCGGCCAGCAGCACGAUACGGAGCGGCUUGUUGUCAGCGGGUGUGCCCGGUACUGGGGAGGGGCCCGUGUAUGACGAGACCGCCGAGCGGCGGCCGCGACUGAUAGGAGAGGGGUCCCCGGAGGAGACACAGGGCCCAUGGCGAAGAAGACGUACGACCUGCUCUUCAAGCUGCUGCUCAUAGGAGACUCGGGGGUGGGAAAGACCUGCGUCCUCUUCCGCUUCUCGGAUGAUGCCUUCAACACCACCUUCAUCUCCACCAUCGGAAUCGACUUCAAGAUCAAAACUGUGGAAUUACAAGGAAAGAAGAUCAAACUACAGAUCUGGGACACGGCCGGACAGGAGCGAUUCCACACGAUCACCACCUCCUACUACAGGGGCGCUAUGGGAAUCAUGUUAGUCUAUGACAUCACCAACGCCAAAAGCUUCGAGAACAUCAGCAAAUGGCUCAGAAACAUCGAUGAGCAUGCCAACGAAGACGUGGAGCGGAUGCUGCUAGGAAAUAAGUGCGACAUGGAGGAUAAGAGAGUGGUGCCCAAAGCAAAAGGAGAGCAGAUUGCUCGAGAACACGGAAUUAGGUUUUUUGAGACUAGCGCAAAAGCAAACGUAAACAUUGAGAAGGCAUUCCUCACGUUAGCAGAAGACAUACUUCGAAAGACUCCGGUCAAAGAACCCAACAGUGAGAAUGUAGAUAUCAGCAGCGGCGGGGGCGUCACAGGCUGGAAGAGCAAAUGUUGUUGAGUCUUUUAUUUGCGACAUUCACCAUUCACUGCCCCCCUCACCCUCCCAUCCCCCACCCUCUUCCCAUUGCAGCAUAAACCACUUGACCCUUUGACACCCUCCAUUUUAACCCUCUGAUGAAUGUCCCCUCUUCCUCUCAUAUUAACAUUCAUCUAUACGAGUGCUUGCCGGUAUCUCACCUUUCUGAAUACAGACGAGGGACGACGACGCCUCCCCCGGGAAAGUGAAAUCAUGUUUGUUGCAUAUAUAUAUAUAUCAUUUUAAACACCCGUCCCCCACACACCUGUCCCCAACCCGUCACUACAUUUUGGUUGUAUCCUAUGCCCCUCUUUACCCCUCCCCCUUUGUUCUGUUAUCACUAAAAAGGAAAAGUGCGAGAUGGCGACACGUGCUGCAAACUCUGCUCUACUGUUCUGGAUGAUAAAACCGAUGUGUACCACAAUAAAAGUUAGAAUGAAUCACUA